AUGGAGGGAAUGACUCUGCGUACAGCUGGCCAGCAGCAGUCUGCCAGUGAUGCGAAUCCUGACGAAACAACAACAGCGGUAUCGUCAGGAAUCGACUCCUACAUCGCUGAGCCCAUGGUAUUUCCACUAACAUCCGCUGACCUGUAUGAACCAAUGGAACAGGCUAGCGAAUUGCCUCCAGAGGAUUCUCAGGCAACCAAAUGGAGUCUGAAAGCACAAGACGACGAGCCCCCUGCCAAGAUUCCUGUAGAUAUGACUAUAUCACAAAUUCGAUCCUAUGUGCGAUAUCGCCGCCAAAGAGACCUCGGCGUCGGAACCGCUGAAGAAAGGGAUGAGGCGACUCAGAAUAUUCAACGGCUAAACCAAAUGAUGGACCGCCUCAACAAAGAGAACGCAUCAGACGCAGCAAAGGAAAAGGCAACAGAGGCGGCAAUUGCAGAUACAUCAAAGGCAGCCAUGUCAAUAGAUGCUACUGCACAGAUAUCAGCAGCACAUGUCGUAAAUAUGGCAUUAAAUAUGGCUUCAAAUAUUCCUGAACCUACUUGGACCUCCUACACACACCCAGACGCACCGUCCUUGACAGAUCCAAUGGAAAUACACGAAAGGUCCCGUAGAGUUGAGUUCAAUGCUCUGCACUUUUCCAGUCUCGAGCUCCAAACUGGCGACACCCUGGUUUAUAUAGAUUACCCGGGUGAACGAAACGAUACCACAGUUGCCCGCGACUGCUACCGCUAUCCUUGGGUUUCGCAAACAUUCCGAGUCCAUUCCAACCGGCUUCUCGAUACAGGAUCUUCCAAGUUUGCCGAAAUGCUUAAACCCACCUACCAAUUUCGCGUGAUGCGCCGGCGCAAGCUUGUCAACAAACUACCCGAGGGAGUGAAAUAUGUCUUGGACCUUACGCCCCCAACUGAAGGUGAUGAUCUCGUCUUCCAAGUGACGGAGCUUUCUUUAACACCAGGAAUCCAAAACUGGUGGCGAUCAUUCAAAGUACAUCGGACUGCGCCGCAUCUAGUCAAAGGCCAUGACGAUGUUUGCGACUGCGUAGCGAAACUGGUCGUGGAAGCCGAUCCCGAAGUCAGUGGUUUCGCAGGCGACAUCCUGGCAUAUGAUAGCAAUCAAGCGAACGAGCAGCGCUCGCUAAACCUCCCUCUGAGUGGACACGAUGUGGAAUACCUGCGCAAAUCAGCAGCCCCGAAAGAACCUUUCACGGUUCCGGAGCAUUAUGGCUUUAAAGACUACUGCGCUAUUCGCCACCGAAACUCAAUCAUACGGCUCAUGCUACUCAUUCAUGGACAUUACGUGCCGCUACACUCAGCUCCAACCAUGUGGACGCUUGUUGGAGUUGCUAAAAUCUUUGACUGUCCUCUAGUGGUUUCAAACACAGUCUCCUCUUGGAUGCUGGCCAAGUCCAACACGGUUUUCAUCGAGGUUCUCCCAGAAGAAGCCAUCAAAAUUGCCUUCCACAUUCAAGAUGCCACGAUUGCCAUCUCUGCUUAUAGGAUCCUAGUGAAUGAGCUGGCGCUAGAAAAUGCGAACACCACAAUCCCACGUAGUAGGUUCCACAGGGUGACAAUCUUUGGCCGAACAAAGGGAGAUCCGGGUGACGAAAUCAGUAACCUCAUUCAACAUGGCGCGCGUGCCAUGGUAGAAAGGGCAACUAUGACGGCGAACCAAGUGACCAGCGACGACGCACCAGACAAUUGGGAUAUACCAGAAUGGGGCCGGCUCUGCACUCUGGAGAGUCUUCUGACCCAAGAACCGGGCGAAUUAAGCUCCACUGCCUUGGACGGAGCUCGUUCACUAAAGAAGACAAUCAAGCAGCGUAUUGAGGAGGAGAUGCGAUAUGUGUUCUACAAAAAGACUGCCGGCAUCGCGCGUUAUGCGUCUGUUGAUUUCGACAGGGCAAAAUAUGUUGAGCCUAAAAAUUGGGAGUUUAUGCGGUCCAUUGUGUCUGGCUUUAACACUGCACAAAAGUUUCUCUUGCCUUAUGUUUAUGAAGGGCUUGAGGAUGCUUUAGCCUUUGACCGUCUAUUCGAGCCCAGCAGUCUAUCCAUCCACGCCAUUGUCCUCAAUUCGGCAUUGACUGAGAUUAAGCGGAAGCUGCUUCAUGCAGAUUCCGCUUGCCUUUUGGGAGAAGAAGCUCGCAACCUGCUGCUUGAGACCAGCUCUGCAUUUCCGACGACGGCUGAGGAGCCUUGGUUCAAAGGUCUAGACUUUUACCAACAGCUGAAAGACUACAUGUAUCCCAUUGCCCGGAUGUGGCAGCGGCACGACUUAACACCGCCGUUGAAUAUGACGCAACACAUGCUAUUGAAUCUAACAACCAAUGAACUGCGAUUUCUACCCCUGUGGGCUGGUGGCUGCAAUGACGACACCGGUGGUGUAUUCGAGGAUAUCCUGCCACCUGCUUCCAUGGGACCAAUCGGCCCUGGCCCAUGCUACCGCACCGGAAUGACGGUGGGCUCGGACGCCUCGAGCAUUGCCAGCUCGUUUGUGGGUGAGAUGAACGCUCUAGAGAUGAGAGGAACAGACACGCUAGCAUCGAUCGGUGUCAAUGGCAGCAUCUCGACUAUUUACCGGCCAGAUGAAGUCAUUGCUGAUGACGUAUCUAUUGCGCCGUCAGAUUCUUUCUCCGUCGACAACGAUUACAUUGAGGCUCGUCUUGCCGCGGAAGAGGCGGAGGCUGCUAGCGAGCAGUCUACGAAUAGCCAGAGUGUGGAAUUCAUGGAGGAUCUGAGUGACGACGACUCAACAUCUACGAUUGGCGAGGACAAUUUUGACAGCGACCUGGAUAUGUUUGAAUGA